UCUCCAACAACUUAGUUUAUUGGAUCUCGAGUUAGGUCAGCUUAGUUAUCACAAAUAAUCCUUCGGGGCGUAGCCUCGUUCUUAUGACCAUGUUGUCAUGAUAUUAAAUCUCGUGACAAUGAAAUAAUGUGUAUGGUGGCUUGAUUAUAGACGUAGGACUUCAAUUGGCCUUGUUCUUCUUGUGAUAACAGCCAAUUUCGGCUUCAUGUAAGUAUGGCUGUGUUGGUCAGCUUUCAAUUGGCAGCGGUUAACAACAGAGUAAUCGUGACAUACCAGGCUGUACUUUUCAUGCCUGUCAUGUUAGACAAGCAGCAACAUGUAUACCUCGGGGGCCUCAGGCGUCGAAGUAUAAAAUACCCCAUGUCUCCGGCUUAAACGCGUCUUCAUAUAAUCAAGCAAAGUGAUAAUCAACAGUCAAGUGCCUAGCAGUUAUAAUCAGCAAAUAUGCAUUAUCUCAAGAUCUACAACAGAUCUAAUCACCCUCAGAGAUUCCAAUGUCAUGGAUACUAUAACGACAAAGAUGUGACGAUUAAUGCAAACAGCGAAAUCAGCAUCGAGGCCCCUGAUGGUAGUAAAGGUGCAAUCAUUGCAGUCCACGACGACAUCAUUGGCGAGCAAUGUGAAAUCAACAAGGCCGGCUGGCAGGGGAAUGACUUUAUCGAUAUCAGCAACAUUGUCGGCGCCGGCGGCAAUAUGACCUGCCAGCAGAUUGGCGACCCUCCAGGAAAGUUUAAAGGUCACGAAACCUUUAUGCAAGCAUGCAACCAGGCCUAUCAUAAACUCCCGCAGGACAAGAAGAACCAGCUCCGUGGCCACGUGUUUUUGGAUGGCAACGGUAAUGUCAAGCGCAUCGGCCCCCCGAAGGAAUUUCAGCCACUGGAGGAAUUUGUAAGGACUUUCGCAAAUGGUCGGACUUACAUUGGUGUCGGUGCUUGGGGACCAAACACUGGAAAUCCGGCAGACAAUGAGCAGAGUAAGGCCGGAAACGGCAGCAAAGAUAUCCGUAUUGUCUAUAGUGACGGAAACGCUGCCCCUGACCCCAAUAAACCAUUCACGGGCCAAUCGGUUGAUUCAGCCACAGUUAACAUGCUAAGUUUGGCGAAUAGCGAUGAUUUCGCGAUCAAGGAUGCCAAUGGAAUCGAAGAAAAUGGAACCGCUACACUGAUGGUAGUGAAUGAGCUUGGCCCUGGUAUUCAACUAACCAACAAGUCGGGUAAGAAGAACACUUACUACUUCUACGACAAUUACUGGAAUGGCAAUGGCGAGGCAGGUGCCAACUUCGACCACCCGUUGAAGCACGUCGAAUUGGGGCCCAACCAGACUGUCCACGUGCCUCUAGAUUUGAAAUUCAAGGGUCGUGUCCAGCGGGGAGACCAACUACCGGCUACCUGGGGCGAAUUUCAAGUCAAGGCAGCAGACGAUGGACGCGCCCAUGGUGACAUCUCGCUCCAGCAAGGGUGUGAUGGCGCAGCCACUGUCGCGUCAACAGAUGGAACCAAUGUGUCGAAUGGGUUCGAGAAGGACAUUCUAAAGGAUGCACCUGGAGCGGCAGUUGAGAAGAAGCCCAAUGGCGAAAAGGCCCUUGCAAGCACCGAGGGUAAUUGGAAAGGUCCUGGCAACCAGGCUGCAACGGAUUGGGAAUAUAAGCAACUUGGCUCUACGAGGGCUUACAUUAAAGGUGGAUCUGGAGUUCCAGAUGUGGCCAGCAAGAACAACUGCCUUCACUUUACCUUUUUCGUGCCUUAGAUACAGUCUUUUGGGUCAUCUUCUCGGGUUUUCACGGUUUAAAUAUGGAAUGGUAAGACCUCUCUGGUAGAAUGGUCGUUGGAACACUCUUUUCAAUGCAAUGAUAAUUAAGUAGACAUAGCUAGAUAGAUAUAUAACAUUCACUUGUUCACCUGCA